AUGAAUCUUCCUAGCCGCAGAGAAGCUGCUGCGAAGCAGCCACAGCGGCCAGCAGCAGCAGCAGCAGCAAAAGCAGCAGCAGCAGAAACUGCUCUCUCCAGAUCUCACAGCAGCAGCAGCAGCAGCAGCAGCAGAAGGAGCAGCAGCAGCUGCAGCAACACUACCGCCAGCAGCAGCACGGGCGUUGCAAGCGCCUUCAGUAGCCCCCCAGGGGCCCCCAGGCUGUCCCACCCUGCAGCAGCAGCAGCAGCAGCAGCAACAGCAGCAGCAGCAGCAGCAGCAGCAGCAGCAGCAAGAGCGGUGCUGCCUCCUCAGGCACGCAGGAUGCCGGCUGAGGGGUGCAGCAGCAGCAGCAGCAGCAGCGACGCAAGAAGCAACAGCAGCAGCGACAGCAGCAGCAGGGAACUUGUGUCUAGGCCGAAAGAAGCUCCAGCAGCAGCAGCAGCAGCAGCAGCAGCAGCAGCAGCAGCAGCAGCAGCAGCAGCAGCAGAUGGCGCUUCUUCAGUGGGACCAGAAGCAACAGCAGCAUCAGCAGCUGCUGCUGCUGCCGACGGGCACUCUUCCACCGAAGAGUGCCAAGGGAGACCAGCAGCAGCAGCAGCAGCAGCAGCAGCAGCAGCAGCAGCAGCAGCAGCAGCAGCAGCACCGCCGCAAGCCGGCGCAGCCGAAGCCCCUGCCUCUAUCGUUGAGAAGCCGCUUGCAGCAGCAGCAGCAGCAGCAGCUCCUGCAGCAGCAGCAGCUCCUGCAGCAGCAGCAGCUCCUGCAGCAGCAGCAGCUCCUGCAGCAGCAGCAGCAGCAGCAGCAGCAGCAGUGUCGAUUGUUCGCUGCCACCUUUCCUGGUGUGGGGCCCCACAGGGCCCCAUGGUGCCUGUGGAAGGGUUUGAGAUGAGGCCUUUGCUGCUGCUGCGGGACCGGCAGGGGAAAGUGAUAAGCAGCGAGGCCCUCAGCAGCAGCAGCAGCAGCAGCAGCAGCAGCAGCAGCAGCAGCAGCAGCAGCAGCAGCAGCAGCAGCGGGGGCUGCGGCAGCGACAGCAGCGACAGCGGCCAGGAGCAGCAGCAGCAGCAGCCAGCAGCAGCAGCAGCAGCAGCAGCAGCAGCAGCAGCAGCAGCAGGGGAGGAGGGGGACUGCGUUGUUGCCUAUCGGUGGAGCAGAAGUCCUGCUGCUGCUGUUUGCUGCUUCCACCCUUUUGCUGCUGCAGCAAUGCAGUGUACGUACACCUGGCGCUGCUUCUGCUGCUACCAGUGCUUCAGGAGGGGGCAGCAGCAGCUGAAGCAGCAGCAGCAGCAGCAGCCGGGCAGCAAACCCCACAGACACCCAAACCCUUUCGUCUACGGCCUGCCCCAGAACAGCAGCAGCAGCAGCAGCAGCAGCAGCAGCAGCAGCAGCAGCGCAGCAGCAGAGCCCCACCUCGCGCUGCUGCCGCCAACAGACCCUUGGGGCCCCCCAGGGGGGCCCCCGGGGGGGCCCCCUCCUCGGGGGCCCCCGGAGGGGCCCCCGGAGGGGCCCCCAGGGGGGCCCCCAGGGGGGCCCCCAGGGGGGCCCCCCGAGGGUUCUGAGGGGCCCCCCGGGGGGCCCCCCUGGUCUGUUGUGAGUUAUGAAAAGAACUUGAGGCCCUAUUUGAGUGACUUGGGGCGGCAGUUCAUGUUUGAAGCAGCAGUGGUGCCGAAGGAGCUGCUGCUGCUGCUGCAGCAGCAGCAGCAGCAGCAGCAGCAGGAGCAGCAGCAGCAGCAGCAGCAGGAGCUGCUGUGGCAGUGGAUUGAAGCAGCAGGCAUUGAAGUCCAUAAAGUCAAAACAGCUUUUUGUAUUCCUUCUGUGGGGCCCCCCGCGCCGAGGCGUUUGCUGCGGGUGCCGCAGCAGCAGCAGCUGCAGCUGCAGCAGCAGCUGCUGCUGCUGCAGCAGCAGCAGCUGCAGCAGCAGCAGCUGCAGCAGCAGCAGCUGCUGCUGCAGCCCCAGCAACUGCACCAGCCGCACCUGAGCCUGCAGCAGCAGCUUCGGCAGCACUUGCUCCUGCAGCAGCAGCAGCAGUUCCAGCAGCAGCAGUACCACCCACAGCUGCAGCAGCAGCAGCAGCAGCAGCAGCAGCAGCUGCAAAAACGCGGCGAUCUCUUUUGUGCUGCUGCUGCUUCCGAGGGGGCCCCCUGGGGGCCCCCCCAAACCCUAGGAGAGAUUCUUGACUCAAUACUAAGAAAGGGUUUUACCCACGUUUCCCCACCUGCAGCAGCAGCAGCAGCAGCAGCAGCAGCAGCAGCAGCAGAGCAGCCGCCGCUUCACAUGGCUCUUAGCAGCAAAGCCCUCCUGACAGGCAAGGGGCCCCAGGGGCCCCCCAGUACCCAAACCCAACUGCAGGGGGCCCCUGGGGGCCCCCCCCCAGGGCUAGGGGGGCCCCCCCAGGGUGUGGGGCCCCUGGGGGCCCCCGGGGUUAAGGGUUUCUGCGGGUUUGAGGGUUUAGGGUUUGAGGGUUUGGAGGGUUUGGAUGUGUCGACGGGGGGCGGCUGCAGCACGAAGGGUUUAGCUGCUGCUGCUGCUGCUGCUGCUCCUGCUGCUGCUGCUGCUGCUCUUGGCUACGACUUGCCUGGGGCGCAGGGCGCAGCAGCGGGAGCGCCGCUGCAGAAAGCAGCAGCAGCAGCAGCAGCAGCAGCAGCAGCAGCAGCAGCAGCAGCAGCGGGGGCGUAUGGGGACUCGCAGAGCAGCAGCAGCUUCGAGAGCAGCAGCAGCACGAGCACCGCUGCGAGCACCUCCGCCGCGAGCAGCAGCGCCGCCGCCCCCAGCAGCAGCAGCUGCAGCAGCAGCAGCAGCAGCAGCAGCAGCAGCAGCAGCAGCAGCAGCAGCUUCAGCGUGAUGAGCUGGAACAUCCUCGCGGAACUUUACGGCUCUGCUGCUUCUUUUCCCCACUGCGACUCUUUUGCUCUUUCUUGGGUUUACAGAAAAAAGAAAAUUGCAGAAGAAAUCCAAAGAAUGCGCCCCGACAUCCUUUGCCUCCAGGAGGUGGAGCCGGAGGCGUUUGGGGAGUUUCUGCUGCCGGCUUUGACUCCGCUGGGCUACUUGGGGGUUUACAAACGCCGUGCUGCUGCAGUGUUUGCUGCCAGCAGCAGCAGCAGCAGCGGGAGGUACACCAACGACGGAGUGGCAGCAUUUUAUUUGCAAGACAAGUUCUUGCUGCGGGACUCUGCUGCAGUGGAGUUUGCUGCCUUUGCGCGCCUGCAGCAGCAGCAGCAGCAGCAGCAGCAGCAGCAGCAGCAGCAGCAGCAGCACGCUGCUGCUGCAGCAGACAGGAAACUCCUCCAGGGAGACUCCAGGAGGUUCAUGAAGGACAACGUCGCGCUCCUGCUGCUGCUCGAACUCAAGCAGGGCCAGCAGCAGCAGCAGCAGCAGCAGCAGCAACAGCAGCAGCAGCAGCAGCAGCAGCAGCAGCAGCGGCUGCUGCUCGUUACGAAUGUCCAUAUCACCGCCAGCCCCGAGUCCAACGACGUCAAACUUUGGCAAACGCAAACGCUGCUCGCGGUUUUGGAAGAGUGUUUGGCGCGGCUGUCGGUCUCGCCCGCGCUGCUGCUCUGCGGCGACUUCAACAGCAAACCCGAUUCUGCUGUUUACGAAAUUAUUACAAGAGACUGUUUGUGGGGCCCUUUGCUGCAGCAGCAGCAGCAGCAGCAGCAGCAGCAGCAGCAGCUUGCGCAGCUGCAGCUGCAGCAGCAGCAGCAGCAGCAGCAGCUUGCGCAGCUGCAGCUGCUGCAGCAGCAGCAGCAGCUUGCGCAGCUGCAGCAGCGGCAGCAGCUGCAGCAGCAGCUCGCGCAGCUGCAGCAGCCGUCGAACCCCAGCUUCGUAAACCCUAGCUUCGUAAACCCUAAUUUGCUAAACCCUAAUUUCGUAAACCCUAGGCCCCGCCGCCCCCUCAACCUCGUCUCCGCGUACGCCCUGGGCGGUUGUUUGUUGCGGGGCGGCGGGGUGUACGUACACCUGGAGCCGGCCUUCACGAACUUCACUCCGCACUUUUGCGGCUGUUUGGAUUACAUUUUCUUUUCCGGAGAUUCUUUGCUGCUGGCGGAGCUGCAGCAGGAGUUGGAGCGCGCGCAGCUGCAGCAGGCAGG